AAGAUGCUUGUUGUUUUUCUGUGUUUAUAACUUUAGCUUUAUUUUUAAUUCAUGUUAUCUAUCGUUAAAUGAACGGAAGGAUUUAUUUUCUUUUCUUUAUUAUUCACUUUGAUUACAAUUAUUUAGUUACGAAACAUAAACUCAGUUUUUUUAGUACGGAAUGAGUAAAAGACGCCGCGCCUCUUCGGUGGCAAGCCGCGGAGUUGACUGUGACGAUAGUGAUGAUGGAGUGGAAUUAAGCAACCCUGGGCCUCCUCCAUCACGGAAAAAGAAAAAAUUGGAACCGAGUGAGAUAUGUCAGCAGUUGUAUGAUAUUAUUCGUUCAUACAAGAAGGAGGAUGGGACUCUGCUGUGCGACUCUUUCAUUAGAGCACCUAAAAGAAGACAGGAGCCACAGUAUUAUGAGGUUGUGUCACAACCUAUUGACUUGUUGAGGGUGCAACAGAAGCUUAAAACUGACACGUAUGAGGAUAUUGAGGAGCUGACAGCAGAUAUUGAGCUGUUGGUGAACAACGCUAAGGCAUUCUACAAGCAUGACUCCGAGGAGUACAAGGAUGCCAUCGAGCUGUGGAAGCUGUAUGGCAAACAUAGAAAUGCAUUAGAGAGUGGUGAAGAACUAAAAACGCCCAAAUCAUCCCGCAACGGUUCUUCCAGCAGACGGUCCGAUGUUGCUGAAGAUGUCUCCGAAACCUCCACUAACAAUGACGAGGACAAUGUAUUUGAGGAGUUGUUUAAUGCGGUAAUGACAGCUAACGUCGACGGUCGCCCCUUGUAUCCGGCAUUCCAAUUCCUGCCUUCGAAACGACGGUACCCUGAUUACUUUAGCGUCAUCGACUCCCCCAUAGACCUGAAGAUAAUCGCGCAAAAGAUACAGGGAGGGGAGUAUACACACUUGAGCGAGCUGGACAAGGAUCUGUCGAACAUGGUCCGCAAUGCUUGCCUUUUCAACGAGCCUGGAAGUCAGAUAUACAAGGACGCCAAGACAUUGAAGAAGAUCAUUCAAGUCCGUAAGCAAGAAAUAGAACAACACGGUCGCAGCGGCCCGGCUAAGACUUCGGAACGGAUCCGCUCUAAGAGGACAUCGCGUGUCGGACCCGCCCCUUCCAGUAGGGCUUUGGCCAUCAUGGAGCCACCCGGCUCCGAUGCUGAACCAGAAGUCAAGCAUUCCGAAGACAGCGGCGGCGAAACCGACGAAGAAAAAAACGAUAAUGAAGACUCCCCGCAGUGGAAGCUACUGGAAGUAGUUAAAAAUCAUUUAGGACCCAGUGGUUCACCAAUGGCCAACCCGUUCUGGAAGCUUCCAUCGCGCCGCGUAUACCCGGACUACUACAAAGAGAUCAAGAACCCGGUGUCGCUCAACCAGAUUAAAAACAAAAUCCGCCGCGGCGCGUACGGAACCCUCUCCGAGGUGGCGGGCGACAUGAACAUCAUGUUCGAGAACGCGAAGCAAUACAACGUGGCCACUUCGCGGCUUUACAAGGAUGCUGUCAAGCUGCAAAGGUUAAUGCAACAGCGCGUACAGGAGCUGUUAGACAUCGUGCAGAGCUCUUCUAGCGAUGACGAAAGCCUAUCUUCCGUUAAAAAUCAUGCGCAAGCCGCCACGCCUCGUCCCAGGGGUCGACCUCGCAUCAACCCGCUACCGGCAUCCGCAGCCUCGCCCACCAUGUCGCCCGUCGUGCCCAAGUCCAACGUGCCGCUGAAGAAGAAAUUGCACUUCAUAUCCAAGCAGCUGGUGGAGUUCACGUGCUCCGACGGCCGCCAGCCCAUGUUGCUGUUCAUGGAGAAGCCGAGCAAGAAACUGUACCCGGAGUACUACAACGUGAUCGAGCGCCCCAUCGACAUGCUGACCAUCGAGGCUAAUAUUAAAAACGACCGCUACAACUCGAUAGAGGAAAUGACAUCCGACUUCCGGCUGAUGUUCUCGAACUGCCGCCAGUUCAACGAGGAGGGUUCCAUGAUAUACGAAGACGCGAACCUUCUAGAGCGCGUCAUGAACGAGAAACUCAAAGAGCUGACAAGCGCAAACUAUGAAAGGAAGCCUCCGUUGAAAACGUUCAAAGCGGCGAAAUCUAAGCAGCUGUCGCCAUUUGAGCAGAAGUUGAGGACUCUGUAUGAUGCUAUUCGGGAUUAUAGAGAUCCUAAAGUUAAUCGACAACUUGCCCUAAUUUUCAUGAAGCUACCAAACAAAAGCGAAUAUCCCGAUUACUAUGAGCUCAUAAAGAACCCCAUAGACAUGGAGAAGAUAGCCCAUAAACUCAAGAACGGGCUAUACACCGCCGUGAACGAGCUGGCUUCGGAUUUCAUACUGAUGUUCGACAAUGCGUGCAAAUAUAACGAACCGGACUCGCAGAUUUACAAGGACGCGUUGAUAUUGCAACGUGUGUGCUUGCAGACUAAACAGAUGCUGCGGGAAGAUGACGACGCCAUACCGGAUGUACCGGCCGCGGUGCAGGAACUACUUCUAAACCUGUUUACCACAAUCUACAACCACCAAGAUGAAGAGGGCAGAUGCUACUCUGACAGUAUGGCAGAGUUGCCGGAGCAUGAUGAAGCGACAAACGGGCAGAAAGUGAGAGCCAUUUCUCUGGAUCUCGUUAAGCGGAGGCUCGAUAAAGGCCUCUACAAACGGCUUGAUCACUUCCAACAGGACAUUUUUGCUGUGUUCGAACGCGCUCGCCGGUUAUCCCGUACAGACAGUCAAAUCUUCGAAGAUUCCGUCGAACUGCAGUCAUACUUCAUCGAACAACGUGACAUUCUCUGCCGUAACACCCUAACUUCCCCGGCCCUGACUUUUACGAGGGACACUAUAUCGACCAGCGUUGAACUGGUAAAGCAAUGCAAACUGCUUCAAGAAAACGACGAGGAAGAUGAGACCAGAUCUAGCACAGAAGAAUCCAUGAGUUCAAGCGGGGCGCCUCCGCCCAGCCAGUACGCAAAGGGCGACUUCGUGUACAUUCAGCCCGAAAAGGGGAACAAGGAGCCCUCCAUCGUGCAGAUUGAGCGUCUAUGGACAAACUCCGACAACGUGCACAUGGUGUACUCCAACGUGUACUUCCGACCUCACGAGACGUUUCACGUGCGAACCCGGAAGUUCCUCCAGCAAGAAGUAUUCAAGACGGAAGCGCAUCGCACGGUUCCGUUGGACCAAGUCAUCGGCCGCUGCUACGUUAUGAACGUCAAAAAGUACUUCAAGUUUAGGCCGGAAGGUUACCUGAACAAGGACGUGUAUGUUUGCGAGAGUCGUUACAACAGCAAGAAUCGUUGGUUCAAGAAGAUCAAAGUGUGGGAGGGCGCUGAAAAGGAAGCCACUCUCACUCCUAGAGAGGUACCAUUAGAGCCUAACAGGACAGUAUCAGUGUUCCGGGAACGUGUUGAAAAGCAUAAGGAUGAGCUUGCUGAACUCGAGGUGUUGGAGAAUGUUCAGGAGAAGGAGAGACCCGAUGUGGUAAUGUACAAUCCUUUGGGCACAGACGAUGAGAACACCUACUACGAGCAGUACAACACGGUGUGCUCCGGCGUCAUCAAGACCGGCGACUACGUGUACGUGGUGACGGAUGGCGGCAAGCAGAUGAUCGCGCAAGUCGACACCAUCUGGGAGACGGCCGACAACAAAUGUUACUUCCGUGGACCAUUCCUGAUCUUCCCAUCUGAAGUGGCCAACAUUAUCACUAAGCCAUUCUACAAACAAGAAGUGCUCCUAACAACGAUGCAUGACACGAGUCCACUCGUGGGCAUCGUGGGAAAGUGCGGUGUCCUGGAUUAUGACGAUUAUCUUAAGUGCCGACCCACGGAGAUAGCGGAGACGGACAUGUACGUGUGCGAGUCUGUGUACGACGAGUCCAACCGCGUCGCGCGAAAGCUCAAAACCGGCCUCCGCAAGUUCGAGCACACCAAGGACGUCACUGUCGACGAGAUUUACUACUUCCCGAAGCAGCUGGGCCCGCCAGCGUUGGCCACGGCGCAGGAUGUCCAAUCAACGUCCAGCGCUUUCACCCAGAAGCCUUUCAAUCCCAACGUCAACGCUGACUCCAUGGACGGAAAGCCCCAGUUCACGAAUCUCAUAAACACUACAAUCGGCAGCCAAGACGUGGAAAUGCUUCUGGAGAACUCGCUCGAUGACUCCUCGCUCGCAUCACCCGCCACGCCACUUUCGAUUGGCGGCAACAGUAACCCGUACAACCCAUCAAUGGCGCCAUCUUCGACCCAAGAACGGACGAGUCAAGCCGCAGCCACCCCUACCAGCAGCAGUAAGAAGAAGAAAGAGCAGAAGCAGAAGAUCGUCACCGGCUACAUUCUUUACUCCAGCGAAGUGCGCAAGGCCAUUGUGGCGAACAACCCGGAAUCUACUUUUGGCGAAAUCUCCCGGAUAGUGGGCAACGAGUGGCGCUCGCUGCCCGCGUCCACCAAGCAGAGCUGGGAGGAGCGCGCCGCCAAGUGCAACGAGGAGACCUCCGCGCGCCUCGCGGAAGAGAUGCGCGAGCUCACGCAACACACCCCGAUGGAGAUGACGUACGAGUGCGCGUGGGACACGUGCGACUACCAGUUCGAGGACCUCUCCGACUGCAUGGAACACUGCAUCGGCGACGGCGGGAACAUGAUCGGAACAUUCAUUGAGACCAAGAAGACUAAGCUAGAACCGGGGCACAUCCAGCAGCACUACCGCGCGGGCGGCGCGCCCACCAACAGCACCAGCGGCAACAGCGAGUACCCGUGCCUGUGGCGCAGCUGCGCGCGCGUGCGCAAGGGCCAGGCGCCCUUCCCCAACCUGCCGCGCCUGCUGCGCCACGUGCGCGACCUGCACGUCAACAAGGGCAACGGCCGCCCCAUGGCGGGCCACGAGCGCUCGCGAAAUCACAUACCGUCGUCAAAGAAGCCGCCGAAACAAUACGCACCGGCGAUCCGGGGCGGUUUGAUGUCACCUGGAGGCAUGUCGCCCAUGGCACGUAACACUCCGUCCCCGGGAGCUGGAGAGAGCAGCGGCGCCGGCAUAGCGUUGGGCCCCCCGGCGCGAGCGGGCCACGACCCACUGUUCGUGGCUGCACCGCCGCGUGCGCAGAGGGUCACGCACUCGGAGGCGUACAUCAGAUACAUCGAAGGGCUCCACUCGGAGCAGAAGUACAUCACGCCGUGGGAGAAGUCUCUGACGCCGAUGCCCGCCAACCCGGACCCCGCGCACUUCAACAUGCACAAGCUGCCCUCGCACUGGCUCACGGAGGAGACGGUCAACGGCUAUCUACAGCAGGACAAGAGCGUCGCGGAGACAGACGUGCAGAAAAUGGAUCAGAACACCAAGAUCCUUAAGGGGCUGUGUGCCCUACGCGACUUCAUGAUGAGAGACGCGCUGGCCAUCUACAAGAGCUACUGAGGAUGAGGAAAAUGUGUAUCAAUAAAGCUCAAUCUACUAUUUCGAGAUUAUUUAUUCACUUCUUACUAUUUCGUCCUCACCCUCUCACAGUUAUUUAGACAAUUAAUCAAAAUUCGAAUUUUCGACACUUGGACCUAAUUCAUCUUCUGUCAGAAAAUGGCGAACCUGGAGAGCAAUGUGCAGAACUGAAGUUGAAACCGUUCGAAAUUCUUCAUCAUUUAGACCCACUAUCGACCAUGACUUCUCUAUCACAAGAAGAGCUUGCAUUUGAGGGGUCCGAUAUGCAGAAGAUGGACUGUAAUACCAAAAUUCUGGGGAUUUUCGCCCUGAGCGACUUUAUGAGGGCCGCGCUGGCCAUAAAUUUAUUAUCAAUAAAGCUGAAUCUAUUAUUUAAAAAUAA